CCCUGGCCCGCUCCCUGCCACUCCAGCCAGGCUAGCAGAGCCGAACCACCGACCACCGACCAAGGCAAGACCCCCCCGCACACAGACAACAUGGGCCUCACGCAAGAUCCCAACUUCCAGAAGCUGCAGGAGUGGUUCACAGCCCACCACCUGAACCUCAACCUGAGGCACAUGUUUGAGGCUGACAAGGAGAGAUUCAACAAGUUCAGCACCACACUGAAGACUGAGGAUGGAGACAUUCUCCUGGAUUACUCCAAGAACCUUAUCACCGAUGAGGUCAAGAAGAUGUUGGUGGAGCUGGCCAAGUCAAGAGGUGUGGAGGCUGCUAGAGAGAAGAUGUUCGCUGGAGACAAGAUAAACUUCACAGAGGGCCGGGCGGUGCUCCACGUAGCUCUGAGGAACCGCUCCAACACCCCCAUCGUGGUGGAGGGCAAGGACGUGAUGCCGGACGUCAACGCCGUCCUGGAGAAGAUGAAGGCCUUCUGCCACAGAGUGCGCAGUGGUGAGUGGAAGGGCUACACUGGGAAAGCCAUCACAGACGUGGUCAAUGUGGGCAUCGGAGGAUCGGAUCUGGGGCCCCUGAUGGUGACGGAGGCCCUGAAGCCCUACUCCAAAGGCGGGCCCCGCGUCUGGUUCGUGUCCAACAUUGACGGAACGCACAUCGCCAAGACCCUGGCCCAGCUCAACGCGGAGACCACCCUGUUCAUCAUCGCGUCUAAGACCUUCACAACCCAGGAGACCAUCACCAACGCUGAGUCUGCCAAGGAAUGGUUCCUGGAGCAUGCCAAAGAUAAAUCUGCGGUCGCAAAGCACUUUGUGGCACUUUCCACUAACGGCCCCAAAGUGAAGGACUUCGGCAUCGACACAGAGAACAUGUUUGAGUUCUGGGAUUGGGUAGGAGGCCGCUUCUCUCUGUGGUCUGCGAUCGGAAUGUCUAUCGCUCUGCACAUUGGCUUCGACAACUUUGAAAAGCUUCUCUCAGGAGCCCACUGGAUGGACGACCACUUCCGCACCGCUCCCUUGGACCAGAACGCUCCAGUCCUGCUGGCGCUGCUGGGCAUCUGGUACAUCAACUUCUUCCACGCCGAGACCCACGCCAUACUGCCCUACGACCAGUACAUGCACCGCUUCACCGCCUACUUCCAGCAGGGGGACAUGGAGUCCAACGGGAAGUACAUCACCAACCAGGGUACCCGCGUCAACUACCACACUGGACCCAUCGUCUGGGGAGAGCCUGGGACCAACGGACAGCACGCCUUCUACCAGCUCAUCCACCAAGGAACUCGCAUGGUCCCGGCUGAUUUUCUGAUCCCCUCCCAGUCUCAGCACCCUGUCAGAGAUUGCCUGCACCACAAGAUCCUGCUGGCAAACUUCCUGGCUCAGACGGAAGCCCUGAUGAGGGGGAAGACCACAGAGGAGGCCAAGAAAGAACUGGAGGCCAGCGGUCUGAGUGGAGAGGCCCUGGACAAAAUCCUGCCUCACAAAGUGUUCCUAGGGAACAAACCGACCACUUCAAUCGUCUUCAAGAAGCUUUCUCCUCACACGCUCGGGGCACUUAUUGCGAUGUAUGAACACAAGAUCUUUGUCCAGGGUGUGAUGUGGGAGAUCAACAGCUUUGACCAGUGGGGAGUGGAGCUGGGUAAACAGCUGUGCAAGAAGAUCGAGCCCGAGCUGGGGGCGGCGGGUGAGGUGACCUCCCACGACUCCUCCACCAACGGACUCAUCAACUUCCUCAAGAAGAAUUUCGCCUGAUUUGGACACCCCCCCCCCCCCC